UUCUCCCGCUCCAGUAGGUGACGGUAAUGCGCCGACAAACACCAACGAAGAAGAAGACGUAGUCAAACGGCGCCGUGUUGUUGUCAACAAGCAGGAGCUAACAGAUCCAGCUGCUCCUCCUCCUCAAAGUUGUGGAGUGUUUGGCUCUGCUGACCUGGAUGCGCUGCAGCCUCCUGCCGCUGCCUCUCUCUCUCUGCUGCAGCCAGGAUGGGCCAGCAGCUCUCAGGUCAGGCGCUGAACCGUCUGCCUGAGAAGCUGGUGAAACACGCAGGACUCGUACGAGACAGCGGCUACCUGACCUACGAGGAGUUUCUGGGGAGAGUGUCCGAACUUAACGACGUUACGGCUAAGCUAGCCUCUGGACAGCAGAAGCACCUUCUGUUCGAGGUGCAGCCAGGAUCCGAUGCCACCGCCUUGUGGAAGGUGGCUGUCAGAGUCCUCUGUACCAAGAUCAACAAGGAGACCGGCAUGGUGGAGGCUUCUCGCAUCAUGAACCUGUACCAGUUCAUCCAGCUGUACCGGGACGUCACCAGCCAGGCUGCAGAGGUCCUGUCUGCAGAGGGAGCCUCCUCCGCCCAGCUGCCCUCCACAGACUCCUGCCAGGCCAGCAUGUGGAUGGGCAGAGUGAAGCAGCUGACGGACGAGGAGGAGUGCUGCAUCUGCAUGGACGGGAAGUCCGACCUGAUCCUGCCCUGUGCACACAGCUUCUGCCAGAAGUGCAUUGAUAAAUGGAGUGGGCAGAGUCGAAACUGUCCGAUAUGUCGCCUGCAGGUGACUGCUGCCAAUGAUUCGUGGAUCAUGUCUGAUAUCCCCACAGAGGAAGACAUCGCUGGCUACAUCCUCAACCUGGCGGAUGAGGCGGGCCACCCACACCAGCCUUAACACACAGCACACAAAGUAGAUACUGAGAGAAAUAGAUCCACACCAAGUAGACACACAAUGUCCCUUUCAAUAUGAGGAGAUUUUGUUACUAUAAAGCUAACAUAAUAAAAGGAGUAUGCAGGGUUUCCUUCUCCUUUGAAACCUCCCCUCCUUUAAAUCCUGAAAACUCCCAGGAUGCUCUUUGUAACCCAAGUAUUGUAGAUGUGGUGCUUUAUGGGAACUGUGUGUGAUAAUACAUUGUCUGAAGUGACAUUUUGUAUUUGUUAUAUGUUAGAAUACUUUGUAAUAUAUUAAUUUAACACACAGAAGAUCCAAAAGAACCGCUCUUACAAUAAUUGUUGGAUUACUAACUAACAUGGGAAACCUUUUGAAGGGUUUAACCAGGCACUUUAUGCUUCCAUGCUAAUAUGAUUGUGAUGGAAGCUGGUACAAAAGAGGUGAAGUGAGUUCAGCCUUUGUGUUCAGAGAGAGUUAUAACCAUGGGUUAAAUAUUCAUAGUUGUGAAAUUGAAAUGAAUAGUUUUACAUUUGUGAAAAACAUAUUCAUGUUUUUAAAGAGAGUUGGACGAGAAGAUUGAUCCCACACACGUCUCUACCGUAAUUAAGAAGCUAAAGCCAGCAGCUGUUAAACUUAGCUUAGCAGAAAGACUACAGAGGGAGAAACAGUUAGCCUGGUGCUGGUCAAACCAUAUAACCCAUCGGCACCUCUUAAGUUAACUUGAAAUGUUGUUUAAACUGUUCCCGAAUCAACCAUUGGCCUUGACCUACAAUAUGUCACUGAAAGAGACGUGUGCCAACCAAGAUGAGACUCAAAAUGAUUACAAACAGACCACGAUGGGUCCAAAGAAACAAUUAUGAAAAGGGCAAAACAACAACAACUACUAUGAGAUACAAAGCAACUAAAAAGUCACAACACUAACCACAAAAGAGACGCUGUGGCUUUGUAUUUAACAGAAUACAUUAAAGUUAUUACAAUCACAUA